AUGGAUGCGUUUGUGGUUACGGUGGUGGAUCGGAAUGUCAAGCACGGAUUGGCGCCUGCGUUGAAGUUUGGACACCCGGAUCACGAAUCGCAGGCGUUGAUGUUUGCGUGUAAUGUGAAAUACAUAUUUGAGGAUGACGAGGAGAGUGUUGCGGAGGGUGAUGAUGGUGGGAUUGAGAACGUUGUUGUGAUUGAGACGAAUGGUGGGCUGAAGGUGACGAACGUGGAAUUGAUUAGCGAGCGGUUCAAGCUUUUGGAGUAUGAGACGGCGGAGGACGACAAUCACGAGGUGGUGAUUUCUGCGAUGUCUAAAUUCGAGGGUCUCGGUGAGGAGUUUCGAGAGCUUCCGUUGGAGAGGCUGGUGGAGAUAUACCGGUUGCGAAACGAUCAGUUGGAGAGUCUUUUCAAUACGCUGUGA